AACCGAUUUUUUUUUGUCUCACCUUGACGCAUUUGGAGAUUAGGACGUGCGCGCACAGGUGUUUAUGCUCUCUUUGCUCAUCUAACAACUUUCUCCUCUCUCCUCGCUUUACUCCUCCCACUCCUCAUCUCGAUAUCUUCCUCCUCCUCAUCCUCCUCCACGGAACACCCACGCGCUUCUCCAUUCCCCUCCAGUCUCGCGUCGCGCGAUGACGCUGACCUUUGCACGCGUCGCGAGAUUAUUCAUCAUAAAUGGACAUCUGAGAUCUGAUGGAGCAUCUAUCGGCUGAGAUUCUCCUCCUCCGCUCAGUCUCUCGCUUCAUCUCGCUCUCCUCCAUCGGUUUCCACCGCGAUGGGGAAUUGAAUAAAGUUGGCCGAGGGCAUCUGGAGCCGCGAAGGAUGUAAACCUGAGGGAAACGCGCAGCCAUGCAGGAGACCCUUGCGCUGACUUGAGGAAACCUCCGACGCGUUCAUUUAGUAAACGAUUCAGGCCGAGACGUUUGCGGAAUGGAAUCGAAGUGAGUUCGGAGGCGAUCCGAAUCAUGGAUGUGUUCAGCUUCGUCAGGAUGCCCAAACUAGCAGGUCAGAGGAUCAAGUCCUCCUGCUGUCCGCCGCAGGCUGUUGGGAGUUGGCCGUCCGCACAGGGACCCUCCAAUGGCUGGGAGAUGUCGUCUUCUAGAGAGACCCGUGACUGCUACAUCAAUCACCUUUCACAGUCAAGUUCUUUGGAGGAAGUGCGUGUUGAUGUGGAUAAGUUCGUCCCUCCUGCACCGCGAAAGGUGGAAAUGAGACGCGACCCGGUGCUCGGCUUCGGCUUCGUGGCGGGCAGCGAGAAACCAGUGGUGGUUCGAUCGGUUACUCCAGGAGGGCCUUCAGAAGGGAAGCUGGUCCCAGGAGAUGAGAUAGUGAUGAUAAAUGAGGAGGCCGUGAGUUCGGCUCCACGGGAACGAGUCAUUGACCUGGUCAGAAGUUGUAAGGAGUCCAUCAUCCUGACUGUGGUGCAGCCGUACCCUUCGCCCAAAUCUGCCUUCAUCAGUGCAGCUAAAAAGGCCAAGUUGAAAUCCAAUCCGGUCAAAGUGCGCUUUGCUGAAGAAGUCAUUAUUAACGGACAAGUACCUGAGACUGUGAAGGAUAAUUCUCUGCUCUUCAUGCCAAACGUCUUGAAGGUGUAUCUGGAAAACGGACAAACAAAGUCCUUUAAGUUUGACUGCAACACCUCCAUUAAGGAUGUUAUUCUGACCCUGAUCACUUUAAAAGAGUGGGGUCUGGCGCAGUUCCUGCCUCCAGCGGUUCUGUCCAGCAUGAAAGAGAAGAACAUCAAGAAAGCGCUCACACACAUCCUGAAAACCAACCAGAACCUGGUGCCUCCUGGCAAAAAGCUGACGGCGUUGCAGGCGAAGGUCCACUACCUGAAAUAUCUGAGUGAUCUCCGGCUGUACGGAGGACAAGUGUUCAAGUCCACGCUGGUCCAAGGAGAGAAACACACAGAGGUGACGCUGCUGGUGGGGCCGCGCUACGGCAUCAGUCACGUCAUCAACACCAAAACCAACCUGGUGGCGCUGCUGGCCGACUUCAGCCACGUCAACCGCAUCGAAAUGUACACCGAGGACGAAAGAAACGUGCGAGUGGAGCUUCAUGUCCUGGAUGUUAAGCCCAUCACACUUAUAAUGGAAUCCAGUGAUGCUAUGAACCUGGCGUGUUUGACUGCUGGUUAUUACAGGCUGCUGGUCGAUUCACGGAGGUCCAUCUUCAACAUGGCGAACAACAGUAACACUGCAGGGCAAGACUCAAGGGUCAAGCACAACUACCAAGCAAUCGACUGGAAUUACGGUUCCUGCAGUGCAUGUGAUGAGCCCCACCCCGAAUACGCCAACUGUGGGCGAAGAGAUUUUGAUAUUUCCCCCACUGUCUCCGCAAUGCACCAGUUGCAGCAUCGCAUGCAUGGGGACGAGAAAGCUGAGCGGGCGAGCAGAGCAAGCCACAUGCAUCCUCAGCCCUACUUCAGUGUCCCAAAAGGCAAACCUCAAGAGUCGCCCAGAAGCGCCAAGGUGUCCUUUAUAUUCAGCAAUCCUUCGCUGGACUCUGUGAACCCUCAUAACUUGGGAUACCAAAGACUGAUGGAGGACAUCCCAGAAGUGCUGGAGGAGCACCGGUACAUGUACGCGCAACAGAAGGACUACAAGCCGCUGGAAGCAUCACUGGAGGUCGACGGCUUCCAGUACGGUUCCCACAUGGUCUACGGCGAUGCUAAGAUCUUCGGUACGACAGAAGGCAUCGAGGAGCCUUUGCUGCAUGAUAUCUGCUACGCCGAGACUACGGAUGACGCCGAGGACGACGAUGACAUUAGUUGUGAGGAGGACAUGUUGAUGAUGAUGGGAGAGAUGAAGGACAAGGCAAACUCUCUCCUAUCGCUCUCGGAAUCUAGCGACGACAUUAUAGACCUCACUUCGCUUCCGCCGCCACCAGAGGGUGAUGACGAGGAGGACAGCGAUGACCUGUUGCAGUCUCUAAACUUGGCGAUAGCCGCUCCACCACCAGGGUUCAGGGAUAGUUCGGAUGAAGAUGACCACCAAGAGCGAAAAGGCUUAAAAAACGACAUCCCUGUGUCGCUGAUCGAUUCGGUUCCAACGCAAGUGGCCAGUGGGACCGAGGAAGUGUUCAAUGACGCCGUUGUCUCCACACUACAAGCUCUGGAGGCCUUGGCGGCCUCUGAGGAACAGUCUAAUCCACAAUCGGACAAUAGUUCAGGUGUAGAAAUAUCUCGGUCCUUUAGCCCCGAGUCCUCUUCUGAUUCUGGGAAUGAAACAAAUUCGUCUGAAAUGACGGAGAGCUCAGAGCUGGCCGCAGCUCAGAAACUCUCCGAAAACUCUCUGAAAAUGUUAGUAGCCACAGCCGAAGGGUACCAAACUCUAGCCGAAGAGGAGACUGAGUUUCGAUUGGUGCCGUGUGAGGUCCGGGCGUCUCUAGACGACUCCCAGUCCGCCGCGGUUGUCAAUCUCUGUUCGGACCACUUCGAGAUGGAGCCAGAAACAAUGGAAACCAAGUCGUUGACGGACUACUUCAACAAAAUGCACAGGGACAUGAUGAUGGGAAUGCCGCAGGGGAAGAUCGAGGAGCAAGAUGGUGGGAUGAAAUCAAGCGCCCAAGCAGAAGCCCGUCAGAUGAACAUCACGGAAUCAGAGGAUCUUGUUGGGAUGUACAACAAUUUCAAUGGACGAGAUUCCCAGCGUUCAGGUCCCUUUGACUUGGAGAGGAUGUCUUAUGCGUUUCAAGAAAGCAAUCAAAGAUUGCAUAUGAUUCUGAAUAAUAAAUCUGACGAGCACAUUUACUCUGAGGUGGUUGGUGAUGGUGGUCCGUUGCAUGCAGACAGGGUAACGCAAAAAGCCAGUUUGAAGGACUCGAUAGACUUGAACACAAGUUCCCCCGCCAAAGAACAAUUUAUGAUUGAACGAGCCCGGAAUGAACAUCAACAGAGCAAGGCAGCUUCAUCCGAACAAGAAAUGACACGGUUAUACGAGUACCACUUGUCCAAAAGGAUGUCGUCUUUACAGAGCGAGGGAAUCCAUUCCCUCCAGAGUUCCCAGUGUUCGUCCAUCGAUGCCGGCUGCAGUACGGGAAGCAGUAGCUGCGUGACGCCAAUGGACUCUCCUCUGUGCACGGUUGAUAGUGUCCAUUUGCAUGGAGAGUCCUCUCUGAAAGGUCUCGGAUAUCCAAAUCAGAACGUAGAUGGAACGUUUUUGCGGAAGCACCAUGGACAGGCUGGCCAAGAGUCAGGCCGAGAGGGAUGCCAAAGGUUGCCCAAGAUCAGAGAAACUACAGUGUAGCACGCUGCAGAUGGAGAUAAAACGGAAGAAUCGUCGUCUUCUCUCACGAUAUGUCCAUAUUCAUCCAUAGCACAGUUUCCUAUGUGCCAAACCAGAAGUGAUCGGAGGUCUUGAAUGCUUCCCUGUUUAUUCUUGCACUUGGCCUCAAAUGACCCCCGCUCUGGUUGCCUCAGGGAGGCAGAAAAGGAAUCUUAAUAAGACAACUAUUGGCUCAGGGAGCACUUUUUAUGGAAACUGGUCAUAAUCACCAAAUCAACCCUUGAAAGAGCUGAUUACAACACUGUCAUUCCCAAAGUCAACAUGAAACUCAAAACCCAUUUGGCUUCCAUAAUGUGACAUAUUGUAUCCGCCAGAACUGGAUUGUGAAAAGUAGGCAUUUUGUGCCAGAAUGGUUGGAGGGAAGGAGUUGGAAUGACACAGAUGUGCAUUAAAAAAAGUAAAUGGGAUAAAAUUUUGAUUUCUUGUUGACUUUAAUCUUCUGAAAUGGAAGCGAAUGACAGAUGGUUUGACAUUACAGAAGUCAGCACAGAAAACAAGUUUAAGACAACAAGCAUUGGAACAAGGAUUCCUUUGGACGACACACAAUCCAGGCAUAAGAACAGUGCAUUGCUCUGAGAAAUUCUAGCACUGGUCACUUAAUAUGUCUCUUUUAGCCACAUUCUCUAAGACUGCAUGUGCGGGGCUUUUAUGCUCUGAGGAUUUUUGGUUAAGCAGCAAAAGGACAUUUCGAAGUGCUAGUUGGAGCGAUUUGGGAAGUCACUUUAUUUACUUUGCGUGGAGGCUUUGGAAAGUUAUUUUGAUGAUCAAAGCAAAACUACAUUUGCAUUCGGUACGCUGUUAUUUGGUUGCGGCAAUGGCCAUAUGUUGAAAAUCACUGCUUUUAUUUAGCCAUAGUAAAGCCAUAUGAUAUCAUGCAUACUGUACGUUUGUCAUGAAGAUUGAGAUAAUCCGGCCAUUGCGAUCCACUGUGAUAACAGUGCUUGUGUAUAUUUUGUGUAAUAUGUAAAAUGAAAAGGAAGUAUUCUACAAUACAUAGAAUUUUUAAAAGACAAUAUAUAUCACAGCACCUGAUAGACGCAUCCGUUUUGUUCCAUGUGUUUAUUUUAGUCUUCAUACCAGAAGAGCUUCACAUUCAAAAAUAAGAUAAAUUUAGGCCACUAUAUGAUCUGUAAACUGUAAUUCUGUUCUCAACUUGCACCGUUUCAUUUGCUGUUCUUAUUUGACUGGCUAAUGCAUACAUUUACUUAAUUUGAAGUCAACAUGAAGCAUCGUUCUCAAUCCAUUUGAACUACUGUCAUCUGAUGUAUUUCCCAGUGUAAUGUAUUCAAGAAAAGUGUAGAACAGUAUUUUAUACAUGAUUUGCUGGAGAGAGUGGUUGAUAAAUCGUUUUUGAGGUGGAGUAAGUUACCACAUUUUGCUGAAAUAUUAUAAUUUUUUUAUUAUUAUUAUUUAUUUAGAAUAACCUGCACUUAAGAAUUGUUCACAGUAAGACCAGGAACGUAAUUUAAGAAAGUAAAUAUGUCCAUUUUU